CAACAUAUAAAACAAUAAUUUAAUAUAAUGUCAAGACAUUCCAAAAACAAUACAGCCAAUCCAGUAUUCACAUAUGCGGAAAGGAAAAUGGUUAAAGAUUUCGGUACCCAAAACUCUCGUGUUGGCUCUGAUUCAUAAAGACCAUUUGAUUUUUGUUAUCUAUGUAUAAGUAGAGUCAUUGAGCCAUUGACUUGUGAAAAGGGACACUUAUUUUGUAGAGAAUGCAUCAUAUAAAAUAUGGUAAGCUAUUCUCCAUAUGAAACAAGGUGAAAUAAAAGUAAGAGAAUGAGAAACUAAUUGCGGCCUACAAUCAAAAGAAAUAAUAAUAAGAGUAGAAAUAGCAAUAAUAAGAUGAAGCAUAACAAAAAGAAAAAGAAUAAAAUUUUGAAAAGUUGGACUAUUAAAAUGAUGUCAUUGAGAGAAGAUAAUUCAAAUCUAAAGUAGAAGAAAAAUUAUAAGGGUAACAAUGAAAAUUUGAUUAAUUUAGUUAUAUCAAUUUGGAGGCAGAGUAAAAAAAGAAAGUGUUAGAGAAAAUGCAACUUAAGGGAAAGGAAAUGCUUACAAUGUCGAAGAAGGAUUUGACAUGUAAAAACUUCUGGGUUCCUGAGUCUCAACCUGAAUAAUAGGAAGAAAAAUUAGAAUAGCCAAAAAACAUUUGCAGAUGUCCUGCCAAUAGAGAUCAUGAGAUCAAACUCAAAAAAUUGUAUCCCACAAAAUUGAACGAUAAUAAUGGUGAAACCAAAGAAGUUUUUUGUUAUGCAUGCAAUAAAACAUUGAAAUAUCAAAAAAUUGGAAUGAGCAAACAUUGUGGACAUGUCAUGUGUAUGAGUUGUCUUUCUAGUAUUUGUCUGCCAGACAAAAAGUGUAUGGUUUGUAAUAAAGAAUUUGAAAAGAAAGACAUCAUCUAAUUACAAGAAGCUCAUUCUGGAUUUGCUAGUCAUAAUUAAGUAGAAGUUAAAAUAUUUAAUCCUGUGAUGUUAAUAUGA